AUGGCAGCCCUGCGCUAUGCGGGCCUGGACGACACGGACAGCGAGGACGAGUUGCCCCUGGGCUGGGAGCAGAGAACCACCAAGGACGGCUGGGUGUACUAUGCCAAUCACACUGAAGAGAAGACUCAAUGGGAACAUCCGAAAACUGGAAAAAGAAAACGAAUAGCAGGAGAUUUGCCAUAUGGAUGGGAGCAGGAAACGGAUGAGAAUGGACAAGUGUAUUUUGUCGACCAUAUAAAUAAAAGAACUACCUAUUUGGACCCAAGAUUGGCAUUUACUGUGGAUGAUAAUCCUACAAAGCCAACCAACAGACAGAGAUACGAUGGCAGCACCACAGCCAUGGAAAUACUCCAGGGUCGGGACUUCACUGGCAAAGUGGUUGUAGUUACUGGAGCUAACUCAGGAAUAGGGUUUGAAACCGCCAAGUCUUUUGCCCUCCAUGGUGCUCACGUGAUCCUGGCCUGUCGGAAUAUGAGCAGAGCCAAUGAAGCCGUGUCCCGCAUUUUAGGAGAAUGGCAUAAAGCCAAGGUAGAAGCAAUGACCCUGGACCUCGCUCAGCUCCGUAGCGUGCAGCAUUUUGCUCAAGCGUUUAAGGCCAAGAAUGUGUCUCUGCAUGUGCUCGUGUGCAAUGCAGCGGCUUUUGCUCUCCCCUGGAGCCUCACAAAAGAUGGCCUGGAGACCACCUUCCAGGUGAAUCACUUGGGGCACUUUUACCUGGUCCAGCUCCUUCAGGAUGUCUUGUGCCGCUCAGCUCCAGCCCGAGUGGUUGUGGUCUCCUCUGAGUCCCAUAGAUUUACAGAUAUUAAUGAUUCCUCAGGAAAGCUAGACUUCAGCCGCCUCUCCCCAUCUAAAAAUGACUACUGGGCCAUGCUGGCUUACAACCGGUCCAAGCUCUGCAACAUUCUUUUCUCCAAUGAGCUUCAUCGCCGCUUGUCCCCAAGAGGGGUCACCUCGAACGCAGUGCAUCCAGGAAACAUGAUGUACUCCUCCCUUCAUCGCAACUGGUGGGUGUACACGCUGCUCUUCACCUUGGCCAGGCCUUUCACCAAGUCCAUGCAACAAGGAGCUGCCACCACCGUCUACUGUGCUGCCGCCCCCGAGCUAGAAGGCCUGGGAGGGAUGUACUUCAACAACUGCUGCCGCUGCCUGCCCUCCGCCGAGGCCCAGAGGGAGGAGACAGCGCGGGCCCUGUGGGCGCUCAGCGAGAGGCUGAUCCAGGAGGCACUCGGAGGCCAGGCCAGCUAA